AUGAGAGCGGCCAAGGAGAACAGCGUGGAAAUAGCCAGGCUGUUGAUUUCCGAUCCCAGAUGCGACGUGAACGCGCAAGACAUGAAGGGGGAGUCGGCACUGAUGAUGGCAGCAUCGUGGGGUAAUCUCGGGGUUGUUGAAGAGCUACUGUCGAGGGUGGAAUUGGAGGUCAACGCCAGGAACAACCGAAAUGACACCGCCCUGAGCAAGGCCUGCUUUAGGGGACACGUCGAUAACGUCGUCGCCUUGCUUUCGCACCCAAAGAUCCAGCCCAACCUCCAGGAUGAGAACGGCGAGACGGGGCUCAUGAAAGCCUCAUCCUGGGGCAGAGACGGCUGUGUUUCUGCACUUUUAAAAGCUGGCCUUGGCGUAGACCCCAAUGUCCAUGAUUCCAAGGGCGAAUCAGCCUUGUUGAAGGCUUCCUCUCGCGGCCACUCUUCGAUCGUGGAGCUCCUGGUACGACAGCCUCAUCUCGACGCAAACGCGAGCGACGACAAGGGUGAAACUCCCUUGAUGCAUGCCUCCCAGAGGGGCCAUGAAAACUGCAUCCUCGCUCUCCUCCAAGACGAACGGCUCGACAUUCACAAGCGCAACAGGAACGGGGAGACGGCUCUGAUGAAGGCCGCCAGCUGGGGUCAUAUUGAUGCGACAAGAGCUCUUCUCAAUGCACCUGGGCAAGACAUGAACGCAGUGGAUAACAGGGAGGACACAGCACUUAUCAAGGCUGCAUACAGAGGUCACUUGGACAUCGUUCGGCUCCUUCUCUCACAAAGAGGUAUCAAGGUCAACCACCAAAAUCGAUAUAGGGCAACAGCCCUUUCGCAAGCUUACUUCCAAAGCCAUAGAGCCGUGGUCGACUUACUCGUCGCCAAUGGGGCUGACGUCGCAGAUCUUAACACCCAGCCUUUCCAACGUAGGGGGUCAGGUAGUCGUGGUCGAUGGUUCUAG